AUGCGCUUGAUCACUGGACGCGCACACCCGGAAUUAUGCCUCCUUGCGACACUGAUAUUGGCUGGUAAAGGUGCUGGCGCGGCUAAUGCAGGACCACUUUCUGUGCCAUUCGGGCCAGAUUACAUUGGUUACGAUGGUGCCUUCUCUCCCGUACAAAUAAGAGCAGGAACUCCGGAACAAUAUCUCUUGGUCUUUCCAAGUACGACCUCAGCAGAAACCUGGGUCACGGGCCAAACACUAUGCGACGGUCCAACUUGCGCCUCAUUGAGAGGUGGUAUCUUCUAUACAUCAAACUCGACCACAUGGCAACCGUUAGGACAAUAUGAGCUUGGAUAUUCGGCGCUGUUCGAGACGACUUCUCAGGGACAAUAUGGCUUCGACUCUUUGGCGUUGACGGACACAGUUUCUGCCUCCAACCAAAUCUUUGCAGUGGUAGAUGAUGAGCUACACUGGAACGGACAACUAGGUUUGAACGUGCAGGAAACUCGCUUCAACAACAAUACUAAUUACUUCUCCCUGAUAUCCACUCUGGUACAGAACAGUUCGGUCGUUCCUAGUCACAGCUAUGGCUACACAGCCGGUGCCUCGUAUCAGGGUAAAGGCGUACAAGGCUCUUUGACCCUGGGAGGCGUGGAUACGAGCAGAUUCACUCCAAGCGAUGUUUGGUUCACUCUGGCCCCUGGAUACAUACCCAGCCUUUUCAUCAGAUCUUUGUUUCUAAACGCAAGUUCAUCGUCAGCGAACUGGACAUCCAAUCCGCUCCAGGUCAUGUCACGGUCAGAUGCUGCUGCGUUUGUGAUAGAUACCAGCACACCCUACUUCUGGCUGCCCGAAUCUGUAUGCGACAGAAUUGCUGAGGCACUUAACCUCACGUGGAAUCCAUCUCUUGAGCUUUACACCUAUGAUAUUACUACCACGCCACAGGAUCUUGCUGCAAGGGAUUUGGAACUGAUCUUUAAUGUCGCUGAGUCUCCAGAGUUGACCACUACAAGCAUUGAUUUGAGGUUGUCCUACAGCGCCUUAAACCUCCAGCUAUCUUACCCUUACCCAGGACUCUUUACUACCUACAACGAAACGAGGGUCGACUACUUUCCAUUACGGAGAGCGAACAGCACGCAACAAUACACCAUCGGACGAGCCUUUCUGCAAGAGAAUUACCUGACUGUCGAUUAUGAGAGGAACGUGUUCUCUCUUUCGCGCGCCUUGUUUCCUGACAGCUCGCAGCAACCACAGCUCGCUACGAUAACUAGGCCAAAGGGUAGUACUUGGCCCGGACCUCCUGGUUCAUCGGGCCUUUCGGGCGGCGCAAAGGCUGGGGUCUCAAUAGCUGGACUGUUUACAGCUAUCGUUUCAGUCGCUCUGAUAUGGUGGUAUUGCUUCAGGCGGAGGGAUCAGAAACGAGGCUCGGUUGAUGAAAAAUCUCAACGAGCCAGACUUUUGUCAAUGUUUUCAAGAAAGUCAACUCAAAAGUCGUCCAUGUCAGGGACAAAUUCAGCAGCUGAGCUUACAGCCGACAAGUAUCAUCCGACAGAAAUGGUGUCGGACGUCACGAACUCCAGAUUCGAGUUGUCCUCAACCACCCCGGCGGAAAUGCCAGCAGCUGAUGUCGCGCCGAAUUUCUUCCAGGAAAGGACUAAUGCGCGAAUAUCGCAACGAAACGACCCGCGAUCACCUAUCGAACUCACAGAGCCACAAUCUAUGAGCUCGUUGAGCAAGACAGGUAUUGAGGAUGACAUGAAAGAAUUAUCAGCUCCGUCGGCUCCUGCAUAUAGUCCAACAGAAAUCAAUGAAAGACACAGCGCCAGUGAUCCAACACAAACAGCGAUAGAGAUCGUCUUAGCAAUGCGCACCAUUCGAUGA